UUUUGGACAUAUUUUUAGCCUUGCAUUCUAAACCUUUUAGCAAAACAGAUUCAUUUCUAUAUUCUAUGAAACAGCUCUGCAUUUGACAGACCAAAGUCUCCAGAACAGCAUAGGUGAAGUAUUUAGACUAACUGUUUGGCUGCUGUGCAGUUUUGUGAAAUAUUGGAAAUGUUAAAAUGCUUAUUAAUAACUUAUUAGUUAGUGUAUUAGUUAUCCUGUUAUUCAGGAGCUAUUAUAUUUAUUAAAUGUGACUUAAUAAAGACUAUAAUAACAAUAAAAUUAAACCAGGUAGUUUUAAAUUAUAAUUCUUAGUCUACAUUAUAAUUUCCAGAAAAGAGGAUAAAAACACAAACAGUGCUUUCUUCACCUCCCUCCCUCUCCCAGGAAAAAAAGCCAGAUGAACAACAGUAAUGAUGUUGGAACCAAGUAUGGUGACAACCCCAAAUCUGUGUAUUCUCCUUUUGGUUCAUUGUUGUCAUGCUUGUAAUGUUAUUAAAAACAUCACACUUGGGAGAUUAUGAAAUAUUCAUUACUCUCUGAGCUUGUGUGGUUGUUGAUUCAGUUUGGAGGACCGGUAAGAAAACUGUAACUCAUUGUUAUCCCAGCCUAGAACAGGUAUUUCUCAGACUACUGUUCCAGUUGAGAAAUACACUUUUGAAGAGGUGGAGGAGGGAAGAGCUAAGAAGAUAGUAUCAUCCAAUUAUCAUAAUAAUUUACAAUGUAUUAAUUGCCUACUUCAUGCAUAAGAAGUUUGUUACUUCAUAAUAUUUUACAGAAAAUAGCAGCAUACAACAUUAUUAAAAUUGCUGUUUCUAGACAAUUUAUUGUUCCAUUCCACAUUUCCCUAAUGCAGUUUGCUGUUAGAUUAUUAAUCAGGUGGAAGUUAAGAAACUUUUUGAUAACAGUUCACAUGGUAAAGCUGCAUAUUUUUUUUUCUACUUUUACUGAGAAAGUAGACCUCUCUGUCUCUCUCUUGUACUGCUGGAGAUAGAAAUGCUUUUUAAAUGUACAGUUCCUGAAGUUUUACUGGCACUUCCUUAUGUUACUCAGAACAAAGAAUUAAACCCAAAAUUCUCUAAGGUUGCUAAUAAGAUGUCUUUAAUCUUCUUUCUUAGGUAUUCUGUCACAGCCUGGUAUUUCUUGAAAGAUGUCUGUCACAGGGUAGAAGGACUAUGUCCAGUGGGAUACUUUUGCUUUGGUGCUGGACUACUUAGGGUAUCCCUUCUGUAAAUAAAUGUUGCCCUUCUAUUGCCUUUCUUGAAUAAUGGUAACCCAUGUCCUUCUGGGCUGAAUCUGAACCUCUUCUCCCUCUUCCCUUGAUACAGAUGCUCUCACUCAUACAGAAAAAUGAAAAUUGUUGAUAUUUGGCAGAAACUAAUAGCAAUAUUCAUUUUUUUAAAUGUGAAUUGAGAUUUCUAAACACUUAAAAAUUGGACUGUCAGUUCAUGUUCAAGUAGAACUCCUAUGGAAAGUCAUACAAACUUCAAAGAUAAGGUUAAGCCAUUGUUGUCACAGCAUAGUUCAUUUUUAGAAUUCAGUCCAUCACUUUCCAGGUCUCCAGGGAGAAAUCACCCUCAGUCCCUCGAUUGUUCUGAAGUGGUGGGAAAAUCAAUUGAUACUGAUGGAUUUGGAAUGAAACAUUUUUGGUCUUCAUUAACAUUAUGGAAAAUUAUCACACAUGUGAGCCCAAAUACCUUGCUGAAGACUCAAGAGUCUUUUCUCCUUUUCCCUGUCUCCUGAAAACUUGAAGAAAUGGAACAGACAGUACUAGGAAACAUAAGUGGAUGUUAAUAAAUACAUUUCUUGACUUAUUUAUUGUGCAAAUACAUUCCAUAAUGCACGAUUCUAAUAAACACUGCUUAUGGGGCUUUAAUUACCUUAUUGGAAAGUUCUUCAGAAAAAAUCCUGCAUUCCCUAAGAAAUAUGAAGUUAAACUCCCUUACAGUUUCCCAUCACAAGCACUAAUGGGUAUUCUGCAGGCAAAAUUGUUUAUAUCUAUGUAAUCCUCUUGCCUUCGCUGUGGUGGUACAUGCUUAUCUCAUUGUCUUUCUUCUUCUGUUGACUCCAUGCCAAAAGAAAAAAAUCUAGCUUGCCUUUGCUUAAGUACACUGAAUCAUCAGCUAAGACUGCUGCUGCAAAAACAAAUGAAGAUUAAGAGCACAGAAAGCAAGUCUGCUGAAUAACAGUUAUUCAUGGUGGACAAUGGAGCAGAUGACUGGAGAAUAGCUAUGACUUAUGAGCGUAUUUUCUUUAUCUGCUUGGAAAUGCUUGUAUGUGCCAUACAUCCCAUACCUGGGACCUAUACAUUUACAUGGACAGCCCGGCUUGCCUUCUCUUAUGCUCCAUCCACAACAACAGCUGAUGUGGACAUUAUUUUAUCUAUACCAAUGUUCUUAAGGCUGUAUCUUAUUGCCAGAGUUAUGCUUUUGCAUAGCAAACUUUUCACUGAUGCAUCAUCUAGAAGCAUUGGAGCGUUAAAUAAGAUAAACUUCAAUACCCGUUUUGUUAUGAAGACUUUAAUGACAAUAUGUCCAGGAACUGUACUGUUGGUUUUUAGUAUCUCAUUAUGGAUAAUUGCUGCGUGGACUGUCCGAGCUUGUGAAAGGUACCAUGAUCAACAGGAUGUUACGAGCAACUUCCUUGGAGCAAUGUGGUUGAUUUCAAUAACAUUUCUAUCCAUUGGAUAUGGUGACAUGGUACCUAAUACAUACUGUGGGAAAGGAGUCUGUUUACUCACUGGAAUCAUGGGUGCUGGGUGCACUGCACUGGUGGUAGCUGUGGUUGCAAGGAAGUUAGAACUUACCAAAGCUGAAAAACAUGUGCAUAAUUUCAUGAUGGACACCCAGCUAACUAAAAGAGUGAAAAAUGCAGCGGCCAAUGUACUCAGGGAAACAUGGUUAAUUUAUAAAAGUACAAAGCUGGUUAAAAAAAUAGACCAUGCGAAAGUAAGGAAACAUCAACGAAAAUUCUUGCAAGCUAUUCAUCAAUUAAGAAGUGUAAAAAUGGAACAAAGGAAACUGAAUGAUCAAGCCAACACUUUGGUGGACCUGGCAAAGACUCAAAACAUCAUGUAUGACAUGAUUUCUGACUUAAAUGAAAGACGUGAAGAUUUUGAGAAGAGAAUUGUUACUCUGGAAACUAAACUGGAAACUUUAAUUGGUAGCAUCCAAGCUCUCCCUGGACUAAUUACCCAGACAAUCAGCCAACAACAGAGGGAUCUCCUCGAGGCUCGGAUACAAAAUUAUAAACAUGUUGUCUACAGUGCUGAACGAUCAUGGUCUUUGUCAAGAAGGAGGAGAUCCUCCUCCACAGCAUCACCAACUUCAUCAGAGAGUAGCUAGAAGAGAAUGUUAACCACAGAGAAAAAAAAACCAAGCACAUUUUGCCAUCAUAUGGUCAAUAUUUUAGCUUUUAUUGUAAAGCCCUAUGGUUCUACCCAGGUGUUAUCUGGGUUCUGAUGUCAGAAUCCUGGAAACCUGGACACAAUAUUUAAGGAUAAAAUGAGUGAACUCUUGAAAACUCCUCCCCCCCCAGGAUGCACAGUGAAUGCACUUAUUAUUGCUAUAUUAGAUUGUUCCUCCCGUAAUUUCACUAACUUUUUAUUCAUGCACUUCAAAAAAACAUUACUAUUGUAUAUAAUAAUAAUGAAAAGGUGAGUUUCUGCACAUAUUUGCUUAGUUACUUGGAACUUAACAGUUAAAAAAAAGCUCAUGAUCAAAAGGCUUAAUUCUAAAACUUUAAGAAACAAAAUCCAAGCGUAAUUAUCCUCUCAGUAGGAAAACUCAUUCUCUAAACUGCUCUGGAGGAGGAAAAAAUAAAAAUCAAAAUAAAAGUAAAAAAAUCCAUUUUCAUCUAACACUGAUGUGUAUGUAUAGUCAUUUUAAAAGGUCAAUGACAGCUUCAGUUUCUGAAGUGAUUAAUUAAAAAUAUAAUGCACCCUAGAAAUCAGAAAGACAGUAAUGCAGAAAGUCAGAGCAGAGAUGGGCUAGGCAAGACAGAAGAACUUUUUUCCCAAACACCCAAAAUGCUACAAACCAAAUACAUUACAUUUCAUAAUCUGAAAACCAGCAUGCACUUUAGGCCUAUUUAUUAUAAAGGUUUUGCCUUUUUGGUAUAAAGCAUAUAACUGAUGAACAUAAGUUACAUCCAUAGGCAUUGCUUGGUUAUAAAAAGCUCAAGAAUUUCUCCAAUGCCUUUUCUGUCCUUGAGAAAGAUAAUGACUUCACAGUAUUCCCCCUACUCCACCCCCCCACCCCGAGAUGAGCAGCAUGGUUGCAUGCCUUGAGAGUGCUUUCUUUAUAGAUGGUGGUAUUUUGUGACUGGAAAUAAUAAGCCCUAUGCACACUAUUUACAGUUCUGCUUUUCUUUUUGUGAAGUUCAUAUCUUUUGAGUUACCAAAGGAAAUAUUGCUACUGUUGUGCUAGCUCAGUCCUCAGCUAGAUGAGCUUUUCUGAAAGGUCAUGAGGCCAUCUCAUUGACACUAUUGGCAGGAUUAGAUGUAUUGAUUAAUAAUAUUGGGAUUUAACAGUUAAGUAUCAGAAAUUUUUCUUGAAGAUUUUUGUUUCUGCAUUCUCCCAUUUUUCAUGUAUAAUUUCUAAUACUUUUCCUGUAACUGAAUGUGAAAUAUCCUUUCUGUAGCUUAAAUGCAUUGCCUCUUUUCUUGCCACCGUGAACUAGUGCUUUUUUGCUUACAAAAACAUAAUCUUUUUUAUAUUUGUAAGUUUUUUUUUUAU